UGCAGCCGGUCGGACGCACGCGUCCCAUACCUGCAUAGAGCUCCCUGCAUUAUUGAGGACCGUCCCUUAUCGGACGUCGCAAUAUCCCGCGCGCACUGCACCAAGAGGGAGACGAUACCGAAAAUAAUUAACUUUACCUCAACCAAAAAUAUUAUAAAGUCCAGUACUUCACAACCAUUAAUCGAAAUGUUUGUCAAAAGAAUGCGAGCAGUAAGGUUCCUCCUCCUUCUGUGCGCACUUUGCCAUCUGACCCUGGCUUUCCCCGCCCAAACAGAAUACUCAGAAGAUGACAACCGACAACUCCAGGUCACCAUCUCCAAGGCAAUCCCGAUUUCCACUGCACAGCUAGGAGGCUCCAUCACAAUCCCAUGUAUGGUGUCCCUGUCCCCUGGGCCCCCCUCGCCCUCCUCGCCCCCCAGCCCACCCCGGGUCAAGUGGAGCGUGUUGCAUGAUGGGGAGCAGGAGGAGACAGAGAUCCUGGUGGCGCGGGGUCAAAGGGUGAAGGUCAACGAGGCCUACGGUGAACGAGCUUCCCUGGUCAACUUUGCAGACUCGCCCGAGGACCUCUCCCUCUGGCUGGGGGAGCUGCGCUCAACAGACACAGGGCACUACCGUUGCGAGGUGCAGCAGGGCCUGGACGACGCCAGCGACUUCACACAGAUCAAGGUUAAAGGUGUGGUCUUCCACUACAGACAUGCCUCUGGUCGCUAUGCAUUUUCAUUCAGUGAGGCCCAGGCGGUGUGCGAGAGCAUUGGGGCACACAUCGCUACUCCCGACCAGCUUCUGGCAGCCUAUUACGAUGGCUAUGAGCAGUGUGACGCCGGCUGGCUCGCUGACCAAUCUGUCAGAUAUCCAAUCCAAGUUCCCCGGGAAGGUUGCUAUGGUGACAUGGAUGGUCGCCCGGGAGUGAGGAACUAUGGGACGCUGGAACCAGAGGAGCUGUUUGAUGUGUAUUGUUAUGUGGAGCAUAUUGAUGGGGAGGUGUUCCAUGGCUCUGCCCCUAAGCAGCUGUCAUUGAAUGAGGCUUGGGCGUACUGCGAGAAGGAAGGGGCAGAGCUGGCUACCACAGGGCAGCUGUACAUGGCAUGGAGUGAGGGUCUGGACCGCUGUAACCCUGGCUGGCUGUCUGAUGGCAGCGUGCGCUACCCCGUUAUCACCCCUAGAGCGCGCUGUGGAGGUCCACAGGCAGGGGUCAAGACCCUGUAUCGCUACAGCAACCAGACAGGCUUCCCUGAAUCCUCCAGCCGCCAUGAUGUUUACUGUUUCAGAGGUAAUGGGAAUCCUCACACGGAUGCCCCCAUGGACUACAUGGCCACUGAACCAGAGGACAUCGGACAAGAUAUUGUUGUUCUUAUGGAGCCUGCCGAGGAGCUCCGUCCGAGCCUGGAUCCAGAGCAAGUGGAGCGAGAGGCCCAGAGUGCCCUGCAAUCCCUCCCCGUCUUCCAGUCAGCUCCUGCUCGGGAGGACCUGCAAGGAUCUCCCCCUACUUCCAUGUCAAGCACAGAGGUCCCACUCACCCGUACAGCUUCCACCCAGGACCUCCUACAGCCUUUUGAUGAGACUUCACUUCCUGUAGAAGAACACUACCACUCCCAGCAUCCUACUUCACUUCCCAGCACCUCCAGUGUGCCAGACUCCCUUCACGAAGAAAACUAUCACUCCCAGCAUUCUACUUCACUACCCAGCACCUCCAGUGAGCCAGACUCCCUUCACGAAGGAGACUAUCACUCACAUAAUUCUACUUCACUUCCCAGCACCUCCAGUAUGCCAGACUCCCUUCACGAAGGAGACUAUCACUCCCAGCAUUCUACUUCACUUCCCAGCACCUCCAGUGAGCCAGACUCCCUUCACGAAGGAGACUAUCACUCCCAGCAUUCUAGUUCAUUACCCAACACCUCCAGUGAGCCAGACUCCCUUCACGAAGGAGACUAUCACUCCCAGCAUUCUAGUUCAUUACCCAACACCUCCAGUGAGCCAGACUCACUUCACGAAGGAGACUAUCACUCACAGAAUUCUACUUCACUUCCCAGCACCUCCAGUGAGCCAGACUCCCUUCACGAAGGAGACUAUCACUCCCAUCAUUCUAGUUCAUUACCCAGCACAUCCAGUGAGCCAGACUCCCUUCACGAUGUAGACUAUCACUCCCAGCAUUCUACUUCACUUCCUAGCACCUCCAGUGAGCCAGACUCCCUUCACGAAGGAGACUAUCACUCACAGAAUUCUACUUCACUUCCCAGCACCUCCAGUGUGCCAGACUCCCUUCACGAAGGAGACUAUCACUCCCAGCAUCCUACUUCAUUACCCAACACCUCCAGUGUGCCAGACUCCCUUCACGAAGGAGACCAUCACUCCCAGCAUCCUACAUCUUUACCCAGCACCUCCAGUGAGCCAGACUCCCUUCACGAGGAAGAUUAUCACUCCCAGCAUCCUGCUUCAUUACCCAGUACCUCCAGCGUGCCAGACUCCCUCCACGAAGGCAACUCCAGUUUCUACCGACUCGAACUGGAAACGAGCCCAGAAUUCCCAGAGCCGUCCUAUAAGCCACACAUACAUUACCAGCCGAUGCCAGAGAUGAACCCGGAGGAACCCGACUACCAGCAGUCAGGCUCUUCCAAGCACUUCCAGCCAAUGCCAGAGACCAACCUGGAGUUGGAUCAACUAGAAGCCAACUACAGCACAACAGCAGGUAACCAGAGUCAUCGGGAGAAUGCACAAGAGACUACCAACAUGGCCUUUGACCCCAUAGAGAAUGCUACCGAGGCACGUGACCCCACCGCAGAGAGAAGACACAAAGAGACGAUCGUGGGAGAACUUGAAGAGACAUCCAUCUCGACCGAAUCCCUGGGUGAGCUUGAUCCUCACCCAGUCUGGUCUACACUCUCCCCCCACGGAAGGGCAACCUCAGUGUGGUUGCCCUUGGAUGGAUCUGGAGAUAUGUCCCAAGAGAUUGACCUAGGUGUCCAGCAGGGAAUGCACACAGACAGAUCCCCCACCUCUGAACCCUCUGACUUCACAACUCACAUGUCUGCCUCCCCUGGAGCCACCAGCAUCUCCAUUGAGCAGCAGACAGGAGUGCCACAUUCAAGCAGCAUCUCAUCUGGACUGGAUCAUUCUGAGGAGCUGGGACUGGAUGUGUACUCCACAGUAGCUGUGUACUCCACAGUAGGCCGUCCACCAGGAACCUCCCAGGGAACUUCCUCCGCUAUACCGGAAGGCAGCACCAGUCUAGAUUUCGAGGGUAUCGUCAAUCCAGAGAGAUUGGAACCUUCAGGAGCAGUGGAGCUGGCACCAGGGGAGUCUGAUGAGGAGCACCUGGGGUCUGGAGUGGAAAUAGCUACGACCGAGUCUCCAGACCUGUCCACCACCUCCCAGCUGCCUGUCGAGUUUACCACAAUGGGCUAUCAAACAACGGCCAUGUCUAGAAUAGAGGUGGAUCCCACAACCACGGACCCUGAAGAAGACGCAAGUGGACAUGAGCCAGGCACUGAUGAACCGUCCCUCGGAGAAAAAGUUACAGUCUUCCCCCUUGAGUCGCAAACAACCAGUUGGGAUCUGCACCGUACCACCUCUGCACCACAAGAGUCUCAGGACGACCUUGAAUACAGCGGGGAACCCGCUUCCUCCUCUUCCCAGACAGAGUUUCCAGACUCCUCAGCAGAACCUGAACUGUUUGUGUCAGACUCCUUGUCCACCUCAAGUACAGAUCCCACCGCUGCCACUAUGUCCACAUCCACCGUGUACACAUCCACAGAGUGGGCCACACAGACCUGGAGCCCCGUCACCUCCACUACACAAAGUCCCCCAGAGCCAGAGAGGGUAACGGCUCUUAAACCCCCUGUGGAUCAUGGCCAGAUGGAUCUGGAAUUCGGCCUCACCCAGCCGCCAACCCUGCUCAUCUUGCCCAAUGAGAGAGCUGCUGUGGGCAGUUCCAGGAAGAUUUCAGAUGCCUGUCUGGAGGACCCCUGUGCCAACGGCGGCACCUGCGUCGAGAUGGGCGGGAGCACCAAAUGCCUCUGUUUGCCCAGCUAUGGAGGUGACCUCUGUCAGAUGGAUCUGGAGCAGUGUGGGGGGGGCUGGCAGAAGUUCCACGGGAACUGCUACAAGCACUUCAACCAGCGGCUGAGCUGGGAGGUGGCGGAGCAGCACUGUCGCAUGGUGGGGGGCCACCUGGUGUCAAUCAUAACCCCUGAGGAGCAGGACUUCAUUAACAAUAACUAUAAGGAGUAUCAGUGGACUGGACUGAACGACAAGACCAUCGAGGGGGAUUUCCGCUGGUCCGAUGGUAACCCAUUGCUCUAUGAGAACUGGUACAGGGGCCAGCCUGACAGUUACUUCCUGUCUGGAGAGGACUGUGUGGUGAUGGUGUGGCAUGAUGCCGGGCGCUGGAGUGAUGUGCCCUGCAACUACCACCUGGCCUACACCUGCAAGAAAGGCACCUCUUCAUGUGGCCCUCCCCCCAAAGUCCGGAACGCAUCUGCGUUUGGCAGAAUCCGCCAGAGGUACGAGACAGACGCCAUUGUGCGCUACUACUGUGCCCAGGGCUUCCAGCAGAGACAAAACCCUCUGGUCAAGUGCCUGCCAGGUGGCAAGUGGGAGGAGCCCCAGAUCCUCUGCAGUCCUGCGGCAGGAAACACAGCACAGGUAGCAGGAGUAACAUCACCAACAACAGGAAACCAGGAGCUGACUGGAGAGGAAUCAUAAACAAAAAAACGCCUUAAUACUGGGACAUCAAGUGGAACUUUCUAGGAUGACAUUGCAUUCAAUGUGCGACGUCAACUGUAGGCCCAGGACUCUUGUUGGUUUUAAACAGCCGUCAUCACGCUAACGGUGUCAAUCAUUGUUUAUGGACUAUUAUUGGCAAAUCAGCUUUAUAAAUCCACCCAUCAUAUUUUAAACAACAGCUGGUCUGUUUGCAAUUCCAUUCAUAUUCCAUCAGCUAGGGAUUACCUGGGGUCUGUUCAGGAGGGGGAAUGUUACAGAACGUUCAGAUAGAAAUGUAUUGUGUAGAACGGAUAUGAUUGUCCAGCCUGGCCUCAGAGCCAUAUUAAAUAUACUUGAUGUAUUUCUGAGCACCUCCAAGACGUAUGAUACCUACUAAUGGUCUAGUUACUUGAGACAGAAACUCAAGUAGGGAGGUUGGUCGGGGAGGAUGGGUGGGCGUAAUCCGCGACAAUCUAGCACUCCCAAGAUUUUGCAUGUGUGAGCCACAUCAGGGUCAACUGUAGCAUUUUAGCUAACCCUUAUUCUAAACUUUACCCAAUUCAUCUAAUCUGCUAUGUAAAUUCACCUAACCUUUGUCGUUUUAGUUCUCCUAACUUUUGUCGUUUUAGUUCUCCUAACCUUUGUCGUUUUAGUUCUCCUAACUUUUGUCGUUUUAGUUCUCCUAACUUUUGUCGUUUUAGUUCUCCUAACUUUUGUCGUUUUAGUUCUCCUAACUUUUGUCGUUUUAGUUCUCCUAACUUUUGUCGUUUUAGUUCUCCUAACUUUUGUCGUUUUAGUUCUCCUAACCUUUGUCGUUUUAGUUCUCCUAACCUUUGUCGUUUUAGUUCUCCUAACUUUUGUCGUUUUAGUUCUCCUAACCUUUGUCGUUUUAGUUCUCCUAACUUUUGUCGUUUUAGUUCUCCUAACAUUUGUCGCUUUAGUUCUCCUAACCUUUGUCGUUUUAGUUCUCCUAACUUUUGUCGUUUUAGUUCUCCUAACCUUUGUCGUUUUAGUUCUCCUAACCUUUGCCGUUAGUUCCCCUAACCUUUUGUCGUUUUAGUUCUCCUAACCUUUGCCGUUAGUUCCCCUAACCUUUGCCGUUAGUUCUCUUAACCUUUGCCGUUAGUUCUCCUAACCUUUGCCAUUAGUUCCCCUAACCUUUGCCGUUAGUUCCCCUAACCUUUGCCGUUAGUUCCCCUAACCUUUGCCGUUAGUUCUCCUAACCUUUGCCGUUAGUUCCCCUAACCUUUGCCGUUAGUUCCCCUAACCUUUGCCGUUAGUUCCCCUAACCUUUGCCGUUAGUUCCCCUAACCUUUGCCGUUAGUUCUCCUAACCUUUGCCGUUAGUUCCCCUAACCUUUGCCGUUAGUUCUCCUAACCUUUGCCGUUAGUUCCCCUAACCUUUGCCGUUAGUUCUCCUAACCUUUGCCGUUAGUUCCCCUAACCUUUGCCGUUAGUUCUCCUAACCUUUGCCGUUAGUUCCCCUAACCUUUGCCGUUUUAGUUCCCCUAACCUUUGCCGUUUUAGUUCCCCUAACCUUUGCCGUUAGUUCUCCUAACCUUUGCCGUUAGUUCUCCUAACCUUUGCCGUUAGUUCCCCUAACCUUUGCCGUUAGUUCCCCUAACCUUUGCCGUUAGUUCCCCUAACCUUUGCCGUUAGUUCCCCUAACCUUUGCCGUUAGUUCUCCUAACCUUUGCCGUUUUAGUUCUCCUAACCUUUGCCGUUAGUUCCCCUAACCUUUGCCGUUUUAGUUUUCCUAACCUUUCCCGUUAGUUCUCCUAACCUUUGCCGUUAGUUCUCCUAACCUUUGCCGUUAGUUCCCCUAACCUUUGCCGUUAGUUCCCCUAACCUUUGCCGUUAGUUCCCCUAACCUUUGCCGUUAGUUCCCCUAACCUUUGCCGUUAGUUCCCCUAACCUUUGCCGUUAGUUCUCCUAACCUUUGCCGUUAGUUCCCCUAACCUUUGCCGUUAGUUCUCCUAACCUUUGCCGUUAGUUCUCCUAACCUUUGCCGUUAGUUCCCCUAACCUUUGCCGUUAGUUCCCCUAACCUUUGCCGUUAGUUCUCCUAACCUUUGCCGUUAGUUCCCCUAACCUUUGCCGUUAGUUCUCCUAACCUUUGCCGUUUUAGUUCUCCUAACCUUUGCCGUUAGUUACCCUAACCUUUGCCGUUUUAGUUCUCCUAACCUUUGCCGUUAGUUCUCCUAACCUUUGCCGUUAGUUCUCCUAACCUUUGCCGUUAGUUCCCCUAACCUUUGCCGUUAGUUCUCCUAACCUUUGCCGUUAGUUCCCCUAACCUUUGCCGUUAGUUCUCCUAACCUUUGCCGUUUUAGUUCUCCUAACCUUUGCCGUUAGUUCCCCUAACCUUUGCCGUUUUAGUUCUCCUAACCUUUGCCGUUAGUUCCCCUAACCUUUGCCGUUUUAGUUCUCCUAACCUUUGCCGUUAGUUCUCCUAACCUUUGCCGUUAGUUCCCCUAACCUUUGCCGUUUUAGUUCUCCUAACCUUUGCCGUUAGUUCCCCUAAUCUUUGCCGUUAGUUCCCCUAACCUUUGCCGUUAGUUCCCCUAACCUUUGCUUUUAGUUCUCCUAACCUUUGCCGUUAGUUCCCCUAACCGCCCAUGUAAAUUCUCCCUGUAAUUCUCCUUUGUUGUUACAGCGCAACAAGGAACCUGGCCACAGAUUAAGACCUGCAAUACUAUACGUCCUCCGAGACGUAUGAUAAGUUACGUCACCCAAUUCGUAUGUUUUGUAUGACCGGGUAACACCUACGACACUGUACGUCCUCUAAUUCGAAUGAUAUUGUACGACUGCUAUUCCAUUUAAAAUCUAAUGCAACGUGUCAAACUAAAUUGAGUCUUAGACUGUCACAGAUGUACGUACGGAAUCAUAUAUCAUACGAAUUGCCCUGAGACCACAUUGGAUUGCCUGUAGACUUGGGGACGAAUGUAGUUCUAUUAAUAAUAUUUCUACCCGCAAUGUUUUUGAACCUUUUUGUCUCACCGAGUACACUCCAGGACAGGUGAGUCAUUAUUGGGAUGUUUGGUUGAGUGUCAGGGAAGACACACAACUGACUCUGUGGUCCAUAUCCAAACCUGUCCCACGUCACAACCUCUAGGUCCUUUGAGUCCCCUUCAUAGAACUAAAAAGGACUGUAUAGGUGUACACAAUAUUGUGGGAACUCUGCCAAGCCUACCAGAGGACUAGGUGAGGCUACUACCACAUUGCUGAUACCAAUCCAAAUAUUUCAGAUCCACAAGGUGACUUGACAAAGUCUUUAGAAAUGAAGCAAUGGUUGGUUUGGAAAUGGAGCAUCAAAAUCCCUGUCCUCCUAGGAACCCAUAUCAACUCUUCAACUCAGCAUCAUUUCCAUCUCAACUUUCUCACAACCAUAGAUAGGCCUUCUUAGACUUUUAUAAUCAACAGACUUUAUAUGAAAUAUGGUGCUCACGCCCUUGCCUAUGAUGCAUUUUGACCUGCUUUGAAAUCGUAAAGAAUCAAAAUGGCACGUUUGUGCAGUAGGAUGUCAGAAAACAAAACGACUCCAAACACAGCAUGUUUAUAAAGCCAAUUCCAUUAUCAAACUAAAAUGUACAUUUCACACAGUGGUUUAUUUAUUCACUCUUAACUAUUUUGGGGUGAAAAAAAGGCUAGAGUGGGUAGCCUGCAAUUGUUUUUACAAGGGUGACAAUGCCUUUACUGUACGUAUCAAUGAUAUUGGUUAGAUUUUGUUUCAAAGUAUUGUUGAAUUACUGUCCACUCUUCCCUGUGAUAGAUGCCCUACAUUUUACUGAUACAGUCCUAUGAAAAGCUUUAUGUUGUAAUAAAGUUUUGUAGAAUAAAGCAAGGACUUAAUCAGUAUUAACCACAACGCCAUUAUCAGACAUAUUUUUUGUUUGUUCUUUAUUUUCCGAUUUUAUAAGUAUCUCUUCCAGUAACACUCUUCCUUUAUAAACAAAAUAAAAUACCAGAACGUU